AUGAAGCUCUCGUCAUCCUUCGCCGCGCUGUCCGCCGCCGUGGUGGUGGCGCUGUGCAUCGGUCAGGCGCACGCCGAAACCGUGAAUGCGCCUUUGGGCCUGUCGCAGGUCAACGACGAGGGCGUGCCCAUCACGCCGCUCACCUACCUCAACCUCGAGCCGUCUAGCAAGGAGCUCUCGGACGCCGCCAAGAAGGUGACCACACCCCCGCCUCUGCCCAAGCACCCCAAGCGUCUGCUCAACCCGGCGGACGAGCUCAAGCCGUACGUCGGCCAGCUCAGCAGCCCGGGCAUCAAGGUGCGCGCCGAGCUCGGACACAGCCUCAUCCCCUCGCUGCCCAUCCUGGGCAACCUCGACAACGAGGGCGACCACCGCACCGACGUCCCCGCGACGCCCAACAAGCGUCUCGUGGCUCCGCUCGAGGUGCUCAAGCCCGGUGAGGGCACGGAGUACCUGCCCGAAAACCACCAGAAGCUGGGCCAGCGCACCGUACAUCCGCUCAACCGCCGUGCCGACUCGCCCGUCGACCUGAGCUUCUUCGGCAAGAACCUCGACGAGCUUGCGCCCAAGCUGCCCGCGGGUAAGCGCGCCUCCGACACGGGGCUCAACCUGCUCGGCGCCGACGUGCCGCUCGACAAGCUGCCCCUGCCCGGCCUCAAGCGCCAGGCAGACGUAAAGCCGCUCGACCUCGGCCUCAAGACGGGCAACGCGCAGGACGCGGAUGCAGCCAAGUCGCUCCUGGGCGGUCUGCUGCCCAUCAAGCGUCUUCUUAGCAACGACAACCCGCUCGCGCCUGGUGCUGCCGCCAGCGAAGAAGACGAUGGCAGCUCGGGCCUCAGCGUGCUCGGUAACAAUGUGCCGCUCAACAAGCUCGCGGUCCCCGGCAUGAGGCGCCAGGCCGAUGUGAAGCCGCUUGACCUUGGCCUCAAGACGGGUAACGCGCAGGAUGCGGAUGCUGCCAAGUCGUUGCUCGGCGGUCUGCUGCCCAUCAGGCGCGAUGGCGACGUCAAGCCGGUUGACCUGGGUCUCAAGACGGGCAACGCGCAGGAUGCUGAGCGCGCCAACGACUUCCUCGGUAGCCUGCUGGGUGGCAAGCGCGACACGAUCACGCCCGACAACCUCAACCUCGACAGCGUCAAGCCGAUUGUCAACCAGGGCGCGGGCACUGUGAUGCCGAUUGUGCUGAACCAGGUCAAGAGCAAAGCGAGUCCGGCAGUGCAGGGUAUCAAGGCGGCCAAUGGACUGUGCAGUGCGUUUGGAUGCCAGAACGCUGUACAGGGUGCCGUGGGUGGGGUGACCAAGGAGCUGCCCCUGCCCAAGGUGCGUGCGCUGGGAGACAAGGACAUGUUCGAACACGGCCUGCUCGGUGGAAACGGCGAGAUCAACGGGAUCCCUGUGCGUCGGGGUGAUCCGGUCACCGACACCAUCCUUGGCGCGAGCGACGAGGCUCGUGAUGCGAUCCUGGGUGUCAAGGACCAGGCGGACGAUGCGGCCGGUGCAUUUGUCAAGAACAUGUACUCCAAACACGGCGAGGUCCAGACCAAACGCGAUCUCACCCUCCCCGGAUACGCCCUCCUUCCCGGCACAGGCCCUAUGGCCAAGGAGGGUGCCCAGGAACUUAUCGACUUCCUCGACCUCCCCGUUCCCGGUCUCAAGAGGAUGGACAAGCUCAGGCGCAAGGAGUAG